GAGCUCCCGCGGAGAUCCCUGGGACGGGUGGCGGAGGAUGGAGAGCGGGCGAACAGCACGAGAGAGGUAGUUGGGUGUUCUGUUUUGGAAGUGCCAUGGAAAGCGUGCAAAGCGUCCCGCUCCGGCUCUUGGUGCUGUUCCUGCUUUGCGUCUCGAAAUGUCUGUCACUCCAGAUCACCCGCCUCAGCAUUCCCAGCUUUGUUCCCAACGGCAGCGAGGAAUCCGUCCUCCUUGACUGUGAAUACACGUAUAGUCUUAAAGAAGACAAGAAGCUAGUGGUCAAGUGGUUCCAUGAAGACGACCCCAAUCCUGUUUAUCAAUGGAUACCGGAGCUGGACGUUAAGCUAUACUCAGAAAAAUUCAAGCUCGACGAAGACUAUAUAAUACCAUCAGGCAAUGACUACACGAGAUCAAGAGCCAUCAAUAUACUGAAACCAACAACUGAGUUGAGUGGCACAUACAGGUGCGAGGUUCAGUCUUUGGAAGGCGCCGAUAAUAUGGAGGAUACCAUGACAGUUUAUGCCCUUCCGACAUCCGUGAAUUUGAACUACUCGAUAUCAGAUGGCGUGGUGAGAGUGGUUUGCGAAGUGGAGAACGUCUUCCCUCUUCCAGAGAUGUCCCUAUUCCAAAUCAAACCCAAAACCGUAGCAAAAUCGCCCCUCAACGACACGGAGUUAGAGUACGAGCUGGUAGACGGAGCAUAUGAUCUCGAAUUUUCUACGACCAUACCGGAAGACGACUUGCCCGGACUAUCGGACGGACCGACAUUUUUCGGUUGUUCUGUUGAAAUAAAUGGCACUGAAUACUCGAAAGAAUUCAAAGUUCCUUAUUUUCCAAAUCCUGUCGCUGAAAAACAAGAAGGUGAUGAUUCCGAUGAUGAUGACGAUGAUGGAAGCGCUACUAUUGCCGGAGUUGCACCUUUAAUCUUUUUCCUUUCGGUGCUGUUACUAUCAUUAACAUAGCCGCAUCCAAAAAUUCAAGUGGGCCCGAGGUCUCUUGAAGUGCCACUCUAUUUUAUAUGACAAACAAAUCUAUUUUUGCCAGAGGAACGGCCAAUCGCUUAAAAAAACUGAUUUAGUCCGAUUAUCAGGCGCCAUAAAAUGCCGUGCAUUUUAUGAAUGAAAAAUUAGGAGUGCAGCUAUCGUUUGGAGUUUUCCUAUGUGUGAUGUACAUCCCAUCCAAAACUGCUUCUCAAGCUAAUUGGUUCUUUCAUCUGUUGAUUUGUGUUGUCAUAAUGAAUCAUGCAAGAGAUUACAGAAAUUAGUGAAGCCAUUUUUUACCUAUAUUUGACAGCUGAAUCUAUAUUUUUCAAAGUUUUUUCUUUAUUUGUAUUGUCUAUAUAAUGCAUCACACCAUACCUGAUUUAAAUAUAUCAACCCUACAAAACAUUUUUUUUUCAAAAAAUACAUAUAUGCCCUCUUCCAGACAUACAAAUUUUAAAAAAAUUUAUGGAGAAAAAAAUGGUUGUAAAAAUGAAUCCUAUGCAGAGCAUUAUAAAGGACAUCAAUCAAUUAAUCAAAUCUCAUUAAUAUGUUUUUUUAAAAAUAAAGAAACGGACGACGCUAUUAAAUUUCAAAGCUGAUUGAAAGAUAGAUAUACCAAAGAUCUUAUAACGAAUAAAAGUUCAUCAUCUCGAAAUAAUUCAAUUUUAUUUUCCAUGCAAAUUAAUCAAAAAUCGUUAUUCAUAUGGUAAUAAAUUAAAUAUUAAAAAUUGGCAAACACAUCUUAAUCAUAAUUGACAAUACAAAGUUACACUUAAUAAAGUUUUAAAAAAUGUUCCUUCAGUAAUUGUUUCACGUUUCUUCUUAAUUUCCCUGCUCUGUUUAGGUCAUUGUUCCUGCCUUUCUAAAAUGCAUAACUCCGAGAUUUAGCAUUCGUAUUAAUGAUCACUGACUUUUUUCUUGUAGUGUUCUGAAAAGGAACACUUUAAUUCUAAUAACCAUGAAAUCUAAAAAAGAAAUCUCAUGCUUUUCAUUUCAACACAAACGCCAUGAAAGAAAAUUUUCAUGGUGUGUUUAAUUCAAAAGUCUCAUAAGGAUUUCAAAUAAAUCCUUCCUUAUUUUGAAAUUAGAAAUAUUCUCUAAAGAGUGAACAACUCUUUAAUCAUUUAUUUAGUAAAAUUGCUAUAAAUUAAUAAUAAUAAUAAAUACUAUGGAAAGCUUACAACUCAAAAUAAAUGGAAAGAAAAUAAAAGAGUUCCAUUCUUCCAUAAUGUGUAAUGUCUAUACAUUAUGGAAGAAAUUUCUUUUCGACACAGAAAAAUAAGACAUUUGUCUUCUGUGGGGAAUCUUUUUCCAUACCUUCAGUAAAAACAUCUAAUCUAAAUGUAUAAAAAAAGCUAUAACAUUUUCUUUUUUGAAAACUUUUUAAUUUCCGAAGUUCACAUAAACAAAUUAUGUUAAAAUUUGUUUUUAUUCUAUUUUUAGAACAUAAUAUUUGAUUCAUGUUAUUCAAAUCUGUUUCCAAAAAUUAUUCCUUUGUCCAGAUGAAAAAGAUUCCCAGAAUUUUGAGCAAAAAAUUCCUAUAUUCACUUUUUUAAAAAGCUACUUUUCCUGUUAACUUUAUAAAUUUGAUUUUUUUUAUAUUUGCCAGCAAUCGCAAUAAGCUCUUCGUCUUUUUAAAAGUCUUGCAAAAAUGCAUUUGAUACUCAUAUCAUUAAAACUUUUGAAAUGCUUUGUGUACCUAUAAUGGCAAUUUAAAAAAAUAUAUCAUUUAUACAUAGAAUAAAGAAAUAAAAUCAAGCAUUUUUCAUUUUAUGACAAAAGAAAAAAAUAAUCUUUUUAUAUCGGCUUCCAAUCGUUUUUGUAAAAUAUUUCAGAUAUUUUUUUUCUUUUUUUUUAAUUUCAUAAACAAGAUUUCUAUUUGAUGUUUUUUCAUAAUUAUUCUUUUAGAUGUCACUGAUAAAAACUUAAAAUUUACAUAUUGUUAAUUGUUAAGUUUUAAAGAUUUAAAUA